AUGUCCGAAUAUUCAGUAUCAAGUAAUCGCAAUGUGUCCCGCUCCAAUCACGUCGAAUGCAAGUGUGGUAUUCCUUCUACAUUGAUGACGGCGUGGACUGAUCAAAACUCAGGUCAUCAUUUUUUUGGAUGUGGGAUGUACAAGAAUCAGAGAUACAAGAGAUGUAGUCACUUUGUCUGGUAUGAUGAAGAAAUGUCUCAACGAGCCAAGGAAGUAAUAUCUCCAAUGCAUCAAAAAUUAAACCAAGAAAAGGUUAAGUUGAAUGAAGCCAUUGUCAGAGAAGACCAACUGAAGUUGAAGAUCAAGUAUUUGAAGGUGAUGAACAAGUUUACCAUGAGAAUGACAUUAGUGUUGUUAAUUGGGUUGGUUGUAUCAAAUGUAAUACAUUAA